GUGAGAAACGGCACACUGCAGUCAGAGUCAGUGAGGUGGUGCUUCAGGUAGAAUCAGGGACAUUUCAACAACAUGAAGCUGCUGAAAUAUAUUUUCGCUUUCCUACCAAGCUUUCUUUGUCAAGCUGUUGAACCCUCACUGACUCCAACGUCUCCGACCGAGAAACCACUGAGAGCAGAGGAAAAUAUGACAACGCUCCAUGAGAAGACACAGUGCGGCCUUUACAUCCACCACCUUGCUGGUAAAUGCAAUUGGACCGUCAGGAUGUCAGGAAACGGGAGCGGCGACGUGGUGCCGCUGACGGCAGACUACGCAGAUUCGCUGGUCAAACAUAUCUGUCAGGAUACAGGCUGCGGCAAUUUCUACACCGUGGAAAACAGCAGCUUAAUUCAGAACGCCACCUGCUUCCAUAGCUGUGCAUAUGCAGACCAACGCUUACAGAACUGCUCUGAGAGUGAGAGCAGCAACUGCACAGUGAUUGGAGCAGUGGUUUGUGAAAACCAGGCCGUGCGACUGUCUGGCGGUCCGGACCGAUGUGCUGGACGGGUGGAGUUGUUGAGAGAUGGACGAUGGGGCACGGUGUGCGAUGACCAGUGGGACCUGACGGACGCUGGAGUGGUGUGUGAACAGCUGGGCUGUGGCUACGCCCUCAAUGUGACCGGUCAGGGUGGGGCCUUUCCAGCCGGCAGGGGACCCGUCUACCGGGACGAGCUGAACUGUACCGGACAGGAGAAGAACCUGUGGGCCUGCCCGGCUUCGCAGGACGAGUCGGACUGCGGACACAAGGAGGACGCCGGCGUCGUCUGCUCAGAGAUGAGAGCCGUCAGGCUGACCGGGGGUUUGGACCGCUGCUCUGGGAAAGUGGAAAUCCAUCGUAACGGCACCUGGGGGACUGUUUGUGACAACUGCUGGAACGCCGACAUGGCCACCGCGGUCUGCUCCAUGCUGCAGUGUGGUCCGGGGUUGCAGCAGUUCUCUCGGUUUCUCCCCCCUCUGGAACUCAACAAGGAGUCGCUGUAUUAUUACGACUGUGACCCGAAACCCCAGAGUCUGUGGCAGUGCUCGGAAAUCAUCAACAGCCCUUUUUUGUGCACGACUUCGAAGGCCUCUGGAGUCAUCUGUCAAGGCUCUCUGGGGUUUCCAAAUGCUACAGCCACCACACCCACUGCUACAGAAGUCACCAACUGGACAACUGUGGAAGUUUCUGCUGCUGAAGAAAUGUCUCUGCUCUCUCUGGAGCUUCUGAUCGCCAUCACUGUGUCGCUGCUGCUGCUCGUGCUGCUCAUCACAAACACAGUGCUCUGCUGCCACUACAGACGACGACACGCUUUCCUACUCCAGCAAACUCGUCCCAAUGGAAAAUCGUCCUUUGGCAGCCAUCAGAACCAUCACAGUGAUACUGUGGACCUCGUCAAAGUCACUACCAACGCACAUCAGGCGGAUGGCCCCUCUAACCCCCGGUAUCUUUGGACCCAGCUUAGUAGUGUUGACAGCACGUCAGUAGAUACAGACUAUGAGCAGUACGACCCCAGCAGUGGUCCGUCUGUCUCUUUAUCAACGUUUCGGAACUCACAGCGGUACAGAACAGACAACGCUUACAGUGUGCCUUCUGCUCUCAACUGCCUCUCUGAGGAAGACUACGAGCCUCCAAACGAAGAAGCUUCAGCCUCCGCAUGCUAUGAUGGCGGCGCCGCCCCUUCCCAACAUGUCAGACAGUCGAUGGUAUCAGCGGACUCAUUUGAAACCUCCAGCACCUCCUCAGGGGAAUGCUAUGAAAACGUGACCAUCAGCCACUCACAGAACGAAGAUGAUGAAGAUGAGGACCACGACUAUUCCCCCGUGAGCCCUGAAUGAAGCUCUUCCUCUGAGGAUGACCACAGCUUCACAGUGAACAGAUGGAGUCACUCUCUGUUUCUCAUGUUUCACAACAGAUCGCACAUGAAAAAGAUGAGUGAAAGGAAGUCAUGUUGUAUCAGAAAUCCUAAAAUUUGUGCUUUUUCUGGUUCUGAAUGCUUUGAGAUCCUUCAUAGGACAUGGGAUAUCGGAUUGUUAGAGUUCUGACCCAAAACAAACACUGUGAAAAAGUUACAGGAAUAUUUUGCAAAUCCAAAUUUUGGAUCUCAAAUUCUGUAAAACCAAAUUCUUUGUCCACGCAAUUUUUGUCAAUAAACUAUUUGUAUUUGAUGCA